AUGUCAAAAGGCCGUGUUUGUCUUGCCUACUCUGGAGGCCUCGAUACCUCUACGAUCCUAAAAUGGCUCAUCCUUGAGGGAUAUGAGGUCGUGUGUUUCCUCGCCGAUGUUGGCCAAGUUGAGGACUUUGGCGCCGUUGAGAAGAAGGCUCUCGCUCUCAGUGCUGAGCAUAUGAUCAUUGAGAACCUACAGAAGGAGUUCGUCGAACAAAUCGUCUUCCGAGCGAUUCAGUGCAACGCCAUCUACGAGGAUCGAUAUCUUCUUGGAACCGCUCUUGCUCGACCCGUCAUUGCUCGUGCCCAGGUCCGCGUCGCUGAGAAGUACAACUGCAACCUUCUGAGCCAUGGCUGCACUGAACGAGUAUGGCAUGGAAAUCUCAAAAAACGAAUCAUGCGACUAACAUACUCUUUUAGCCAAGUUCGUUUCGAGCUCGCCUUCAAGGCCUGCAACCCUUCGAUCAAGGUUAUUACCCCUUGGCGACUACCCGAAUUCUGUGAGAAGUUCCAGGGCCGACAAGAUCUUCUCAAGUUCGCUGCCGAGAACAACAUCCCCGUCUCAUCCACCCCAAAGGCUCCUUGGAGCCAAGACGAGAAUCUUGUUCACUGCUCGUAUGAGGCUGGCAUCCUCGAGGAUCCUGACCACACCCCUCCCAAGGACCUAUGGACCCAGACAGUCGACCCUCUCGAAGCCCCCGACAAGCCUUUCGACUUUACCGUCCACUUCGAGAAGGGCCUACCUGUCAAGGUCGCAACCCCUGACCAGGAGGCCACUGACUCAGUAGAGCUCUUCAAGCUUCUCAACAAGAUUGGGCAUGAUCACGGCGUUGGCCGAAUUGACAUUGUCGAGAACCGAUGGAUCGGACUCAAGAGCCGUGGCUGCUACGAUACCCCUGGCUUGACCAUUGCUCGUCUCGCUCACGUUGAUCUUGAGGGCCUCGUCCUUGACUCCAAGGUCCGCAAGCUUCGAGAUCAAUUUGUGACUGUUGAGUGGUCUCAGUGCCUCUACAACGGCAUGUACUUCUCUCCUGAGCGUGAGUGGCUCGACGAGGCCAUUGUCUCUGCUCAGAAGGGCGUCAAUGGCCAGGUCCGUCUCCGAGUGUACAAAGGCAAUGUCUACGUUCUCGGACGAUCGAGUGAGACCAGCUCCCUCUACUCCCAGGAGGAUGCUUCCAUGGACAGCCUUGAUACCUUCUCUCCCAUGGAUAGCACUGGCUUCAUCGCUAUCCAGUCCAUUCGAUUGGAGAAGUAUGGCGCUCAAAAAGCCAAAGACGGUCAACCUCUCAGCCAGUCUUGA